UGGAAAACAAAGAGGGGGGGGUCCUGUCCCCCCAAAAAGCCCUGGGAUGGAGCGUCCUGAUCCUGGGGGGCUGCAGGAGGUGGAGAGGGUGUUGGUGACGGAGAAGAGCUGGAGGCCCUGCCCCAAAGCCCGGAGGAGGCUCCGAGGGUGCCUGGAGUGGGUGAAGAAGCAGCUUUUCCGUGUCGGGGAGGAUUGGUAUUUCCUCUUCUUCCUGGGGGUCCUCAUGGCCACCAUCAGCUUCAUGAUGGACUUCCUUGUCUCCAGGCUCUAUCAGGCCCACCAGUGGCUUUACCAGGAGAUUGGGGACAUCUUGGUGCUCAAGUACCUCUCAUGGACCAUGUACCCCAUGGCUCUGGCUGCCUUCUCCAGUGGCUUCUCCCAAAGCAUCACCCCACACUCAGGAGGCUCUGGCAUUGGGGAGCUGAAGACCAUCCUGACAGGGGUGGUGCUGGAGGACUACCUGGCCAUCCACAAUUUUGGAGCCAAGGUGGUGGGGCUGACCUGCACCCUGGCAUGUGGAAGCACCCUCUUCCUUGGCAAAGUGGGUCCCUUUGUCCACCUCUCUGCCAUGGCUGCUGCAUAUCUGGGGAAGAUGAGGACCUCGGUCACUGGGGAGUAUGAGAACAAGUUCAAGCAGAACGAGAUGCUGGUGGCAGCACAAGCUGUCGGGGUGGCCACGGUUUUUGGGGCACCCAUCAGCGGGGUGCUCUUCAGCAUCGAGGUGAUGUCCUCCCACUUCGCCGUCCGGGAUUAUUGGCGCGGCUUCUUCGCCGCCACCUGCGGCGCCUUCAUGUUUCGCCUCCUCACCGUGUUCAGCAGUGAGCAAGAAACCAUUGUCGCCGUUUUUAAGAGCGACUUCAAGCUUGACUUCCCCUUCGACCUCCUGGAGACCUUCUUCUUCCUGAUUUUGGGGGCCAUCUGUGGGCUUGUGGGCUGUGCCUACCUCUUCUGCCAGCGCUGGAUGAUGGUGGCUGUCAAGGAGAACUGGCUGACGGCCAAGCUGCUGGCCACCGACAAGCCCAUCUACACGGUGCUGGCCGUGCUGCUUCUGGCCUCCAUCACCUUCCCACCAGGGCUGGGGCAGCUGAUGGCCUCCCGGCUCACCAUGAAGGAAUAUCUCACCUCCCUCUUCGACAACCGCACCUGGGGCGCGUUGGUCCCCAACAGCUCCUGGGUGGGUGACCCCCCGGGGGGGCUGUGGCAGGAGUGGUUCCACCCCUCGGCCACCAUCUUCGGCACCUUGGCCUUCUUCCUGGUGAUGAAGUUCUGGAUGCUGAUCCUGGCCACCACCCUGCCCUUGCCUGCGGGCUACUUCAUGCCCAUCUUCAUCUACGGAGCUGCCAUAGGGCGCCUGCUGGGGGAGACGGUGGCUUUUCUGUUCCCCCGGGGCCUCCACACGGGGGGGACCCCGCGCCCCAUCCUCCCUGCUGGCUACGCCCUGGCUGGUGCAGCCGCCUUCUCGGGCUCGGUGACCCACGCCGUCUCCACGGCUCUGCUGGUGUGUGAGGCCACUGGUCACCUGGGCCACGUCCUGCCCACAGUCCUGGCCGUGCUGGUGGCCAACGCCAUCACCCAGAAACAUCAACCCUCCUUCUACGAUGGUCCCAUCAUCGUCAAGAAGCUGCCCUACCUGCCCCCCAUCCGCAGCCGGCACAUGGCCUCCUACCAAGUGGUGGUGGAGGAGUUCAUGGAGCGCCAGGUGGUGGCCUUGGCCAAGGGUGAUGGCUUUGAGGAGGUGCUGGUGGCCUUGGAUGCCUCUGCUGAUGCUGAGUACCCUGUGUUGGAGAGCACAGGGCCACCCAUGCUGGUGGGCACCAUCAGCAGAACCCAGCUGGUUGCCUUCCUCCAGAGCCACAAGCAUCCCCAGGCACCCCCAGAGGAGAAGCUGGCCACCACGGGGACACUUGGGGACAACUGCACCAUCGAGCCCAUCAUGCUCCAGCUCUCACCCUGGACCUCCCUGCACCAGGCCCAUCACCUCUUUGAGCUGCUGAAGCUCCAGCGCAUCUUUGUCACCCGCUUCGGGGAGCUGGUGGGAGCUGUCAGCAGGGUGGAGCUGCGGAGAGCGAUCGAGGAGCUCACCAACCCCAAGUGAGGACUUUUGGGGACCCUUCCCAAGGAUGUCACCCAUGGAAAGAGUUGGGGUCCUGACCCCUCUCCCCCCCCAGGUGAUGCGGGUGUCACCCCCCCCUUCCCCACCCCGGGGGAACCCAGGCAUCCGGGGGACACACACGUUUCUCCAGCAGAGUCUCCAUUAAAUCCAUCAAUCCCUCGAUGCUCCUUCAUCCUCCUCCAGCCCCGUGGGGUUCAUUUAGGGGGGGUCAACCCCCAGA